CCCUCUAACAACUCAAAAGUGAAACAGUGAGCGCGCGCGGCACUUUCACCUCCUAAUAUAUGCGUAUUUUAUUAAUUAAUCGAGUCACUGCAUUUAAUUUAAUUGUUUUAACAUAGUGAUUAUUAUGGAAUGAAGCUUUUAAUUGAGAUACAUUUUAUUUAAAUAUGUGUCUUUAAUUUAGCAUUCAGUACUUUUUAACGUGAUUGAUGUGUAUAAAAGGAUGGCGGAAUAUACAACGGAAAUAAGUGUAUAAAAGUGGAUUAAGUCAUUAUAAAAACAAGCUACAUUUGUGUUAAAUAGCAACGUUUUGAGCCGAUUAAUUGGUGAAAAUUAUGCCUAGUAAAAAGAAGAAAUAUAAUGCAAGAUUUCCACCUGCUCGCAUCAAAAAGAUAAUGCAAACAGAUGAAGAUAUAGGAAAAGUUGCUGCUCCUGUCCCUGUGAUCAUUUCUCGAGCUUUAGAGCUUUUUGUUGAAUCAUUGGUUACAAAGACAAGUCUUAUAACUAAAAGUCGUAACGCCAAAACAUUAACCUCAUCUCAUCUGAAAGCAUGUGUUUUAGCUGAUAACAACUUCAAAUUCUUAAGGGAUUUAGUAUCAUCGGUUCCUGAUGUUCAAGGGGAAGAAGAGCAAAUGAAUCCUUGCAUUACAGAUGACAAUAUUCUCUCUGGCAAUGAUCAUGAAGUUCGCUCAGUUAGGGGAAGACGACCGAAAGAUAAAGGCACAAGUGAAGAUAGUGCGGGACCCAGCCAUUCUACUGCUGAUGAGUCUGAAACGUGGAGUGCAGAAGAAGAUGGAGAAGAGGAUACUGACUGCAGUACAGAUUCUGCUCCAUCUCAUUCUGUUAUUUCUUCACUGCCAUCAGCACCCAUUCCUCCUUUACCUUGUAAUGUCGCUUUUGCAGCAAGUGCGUCUCAUCAUUAUGUUCCUCACCUGCAACCUGUCUCUAACAACAGUACAUCCAACAAUAUUGAUGAUGAUUAUGACUCUUGACAUUCUUGAGCAGAUUAUUUUUAUUUCUCUCUCUCUCUAGUAGCAUUUGUAGAACCAACAACACAACUGCUGCCAGUCUGCCAACUGAUUGAACUGACUUUGUUAGAUUGAAUUUAAAAGACAUUUACAUGCAUACAAUAUGCAUCACCCAUUGUUUUAAAAA